CCGCCAACCGAAUAAAAGCGAUUGCGAAAGAAAUAAAGAGCGACGGUUGCGGAGACGGUGGUUGUGCCGUAGAUCCUCCGUCGUCUUCCACCACCGUUCUCGUCUGUAAUUUCACAUCCAUCUUAUCUUCAUUCCUCAUCAUUCAUUUCAUAAUCUGCACAACAACAACCGUUUUCUGCAUCCUUCUAGCUCUGUAUUCUGUAUCGGUCUUUGAUUGCAGAUCUACACGCGGAGGAGAUCAGAGAUUAUUAUUUGAGUGAGAUAUCAAGGCAAAUCACAUUUUAGGAAUAAAAAUGUCGAAAUCUGGCUUGCACUCGAGUUCACUUGGCAACCUUUCCUUGCUCCAUAAAGACCUGUUCAUCAUUACACCACCAAGUAGUCCAUUGAGCACACGAGAACUCGACAACAACAUAAUCGAUUUAGAUCAAGUCAGCCCUCUAGCAGCCGACAGUUACGAGCAGUUAUAUCGUGACGCCUUUAAUUCACAAAGCCAGAAAUUUAUAACCAAUAACCUUAAAACUAGUACUCAGAAGAAAUCAAACUUAUCUUCAACCGUCAAAACACUUCCAUCUCUCAAAACGGAAAAGCCGAAAGCAAGAACUAAUUCAUUUCAUGACAAUAACCAGAAAAACCACCCUCGUAAAACCGGAAAUAGUAGUUUAAAAGUAUCGAACGGGAGAGAAGAACCAGCAUACUUAGGGCCUUACUUACUUAAACAAACGCGCGAGUUGUUAUCACUAGGGGAAAACCCGAAGAAAGCUCUUGAAGUGGGUGUAAGAGCAAUGAAAGCGUUCGAAAACAGUCGAUUUCAGAAGCCAAAUUUGGAGUACGUCAUGUGUUUGCAUAUCGUAGCCGCAUUGUACUGUAGUUUAGGGCAGUACACUGAAGCGAUUCCGCUUCUAGAACGUUCUAUCGAGAUACCAAACACGGGUUCAGGCCAGAAACACUCGCUAGCUAAAUUUGCGGGGUGUAUGCAGUUAGGCGAUACGUACGCGAUGCUCGGACACGUUGAAAAUUCGAUAUUCUGUUAUACGGCUGGUCUGGGAAUCCAACGACAGGUUUUGGGUGAAACCGAUCCGAUAUUUGGAGAAACGUGCAGGUAUGUAGCGGAAGCUCAUGUUCGUGCGAUGGAGUUUGACGAAGCUAAGAGGUUAUGUCAAACGGCUCUCAACGUUCACAAAGCAAACGGUUCAACCGCUUCUGUAGAAGCAGCAGCCGACCGAAGACUUAUGGGUCUUGUUUGUGACGCCAAGGGUGAAUACGAGGCUGCACUCGAACAUUACGCGUUAGCCAGCAUCAUCAUGUCGGCAGCAGGUCAAGAUUCUGAUGUUGCAGCGAUUAACGUCUGUAUCGGUGAUGCGUACUUAUCACUAGCCCGUUACGACGAAGCGGUUUUCGCUUAUCAAAAAGCGUUAAACGUGUUCAAGGCAACGAAAGGAGACAAUCAUCCAUCUGUCGCUACAGUUUUCGUACGUUUGGCUCAACUUCAUUACAAAAUGGGGAAGUUUCGCGAGUCAAAAUCUUACUGCUUAAACGCACUGCGGAUCUACGAGAACCCGAUGCAGGGAAGUUCUAACGACGAUAUUGGUAACGGGUUUAUUGAAGUUGCGGGUAUUUAUGAAUCCAUGAAUGAAGUUGGUGCAGCGGUUAACUUACUGAAACGGGCGCUUAAGGUUUUGGGUCAAGACGACGGUCAACUGAGCACGCUUGCGGGUGUGGAGGCUCAAAUGGGAGUUUUGUAUUACAUGAUGGGGAGUUAUUUGGACUCGUAUGGUUAUUUGAAGGCGGCUGUUUCGAAACUACGAGUGGUUGCGGAGAAGAAAUCGGCUUUGUUUGGUAUUGUUUUGAACCAAAUGGGAUUGGCUUGUGUUCAAAUGGAGUUGUUUGAUGAGGCUGUUGAGGUUUUUAAAGAAGCAAAGGGUGUUUUAGAGGUGGAAUAUGGUGCUAAUCAUUCGAAUACAAUCGCGGUUUAUAGUAAUCUUGCUGGAACUUAUGAUGCAAUGGGCAGGUAUGAAGAGGCAAGUGAGAUACUGGAAUAUGUGGUGAGGAUGAGAAAGGAGAAGCUGGGAACAGCAAGUUCAGAAGUGGAUGAUGAGAGAAGAAGACUGAGGCAGUUAUUAAAAGAUUCAGGCAAGGAUUUAAGCAAGAAAGAUAUGUCACUUCAAUUUCUGCUUCAUGAUUAACAACAAACACACUUCACUUGUGUCUCUCUCUCUCUCUCUUUAUUUAAAAACCAAUCCAAGAUUAUAAUAUCAAAUUUCGGUUAUUUAUUUCUUGUUCAAGUGGUUUUGUAAUCA